AACUAGCUCACCACAUGUGAUGGCAAUCAUACAUUACCAGGAACAGAGCAUUUUCUCCCUCAUGGAGAGGGUCAGGUAGGCAAGUAUGUUUCGAGUUGAUCGCUCGCUAGCUGCUUUUAGCAUCAGUGCACACGCUAGUCCGCCGCCCUCUGGGAGUGUAUCAUAGCUUAGCAGAAGUGCAAACGAAAGGUUAGCAGAACUGCUCGUAAAAAAUUUCAUACAGUUUAUGAGCAGCUCGAAACCUACUCCUACCUUUCGAUCACCUCAGUCAGUUUAGUUCCUGCUUUAACAUCACAAACACGCCCUGCGUUUGGCCAGCCACUUCCCCGUUUCCCCUGCGUUUUAACCUGUCACGCCUGCCUUUUUUUAGCACACUCCCUGAAAAUGGUCAGUUACCACCCAGAAAAACCCACUUCCUGUCAAUCACUCACCGAUCAGCAGAGCGACUGAAAAGCGUUGCUCGUCCUUUUGCAAAACUGCAUAGUUUUGUGUAAAAGUACUUCACGCGUGCGUACUGCGGCCCAUAAGCAUGCGCAGAAAUGCAGCUUUUACAACUAAUCCCCGCGCUGCGACCGAAAGCAGCUAGCGAUCAACUCGGAAUGAGGUCCUCUGUUCAGCCGUGGCUCCGUCCCCUGGUGAUGUCAGAGUUCCCUUACCCAACUUGGAUUUAGAACCAACCAUAAUGCUGGAGAUUCCAGUGAUGAUAUAAUACAGUUGGAGCAGACACUCUGUUGUUACUGUGAUACAGUUGGAGCAGUCUCUGCUCGCUGGACAAGUGAAGAACCAGAGAGUCUUUACUAGAAGUCACGUGAGGGAAAGCCGUGUCCUGUAUAUAUCACUGAUCACUGAGGAUGGAUAAGGACAGGACUCGCGUAAUUGAGAAGAUGCUAAAUCUCACCCUGGAGAUCAUCUACCUGCUAAUUGGGGAGAAUUAUACAGUAGUGAAGGAGACAUCUGGUGAGCUUGUGACAUCCAGAAACCAUCCGUGUGUGUCAGGAAAACUGAGCAGGACCCAGAGCCCCAUCCCGGUGCCUCCACCUUACUCACUGAUACAUGAGAGACGCAAUGACCAGAAGAUCCUGGAACUCACCAACAAGAUCAUUCAGCUGCUGACUGGAGAGGUUCCUAUAAGGUGUGAGGAUGUCGCUGUCUAUUUUACCAUGGAGGAGUGGGAGUAUAUAGAGGAACACAGGGGUCUGUACAAGGACGUGAUGAUCCAGAAUCACCGGCCCCUCACAUCACUGGAUGGGGCCAGUAACAGGAAUACCCCAGGGAGAUGUCCCCGUCCUCUUUAUUCCCAGGAUGAUACAGAGGAGAAUCAGGGUGAAGACCAGAUUAAUAUUAAAAUAGAAGCUAUACAGGGAGAGGAGAUGUAUGUGAGCGGUGAUCAGCUGUGUAAGGAGGAGGAAAUCUCUACAGAUAUCAGCACAGUAGAUGGAUGCACCAGCAGGAAUACCUCGGAGGGAGAUCUCUUACUGUCGCCAGAUCGUAAAAUAGAAGAUAAAAACAUCAGACUAGAUCCUCCAGGAGAUAACCCUAUUACCCUAAAUAUACAUCCAGCACUUCACAAUGCGUUUGAGGAAUGUCCUGAUAAAUCAGAUCUUGCUAAACUCAGAACACCUCAUAAAGGUGAUACAGUAUUAUCCUGUUCUGAAUCUGGUAAAAGUUGUAUACGUCAGUCAGUGUCUAUUCAACAUAAAAAAACUCACAAAAGUGAGAAGCCAUUUUCAUGUUCUGUGUGCAGAAAAUGUUUUACACGGAAAUCAUAUCUAUUUGUACAUCAGCAGAGACACAAAUUUGUAAAACUGUUUACAUGUUCUGGGUGUGGGAAAUGCUUUACAUGGAAAAAAUCUCUUGUUAUACACCAGAGAAGUCACACAGGUGAGAAACCAUUUUCAUGCUCUGAGUGUGGGAAAUGUUUUACACAGAAUUCCAAUCUCCUUAUACAUCAGAGAAGACACACUGGUGAGAAGUUGUUUUCAUGCUCUGAGUGUGAGAAAUGUUUUACGCAGAAAUCCACUCUCAUUAUACAUCUGAGAAGUCACACAGGUGAGAAGCCGUUUUCAUGUUCUGUGUGUGGGAAAUGUUUUACACAGAAAUCAAACCUUGCUACACAUCAGAGAAGUCACACAGGUAAGAAGCCAUUUUCAUGCUCUGAGUGUGAGAAAUCUUUUGCAGCUCAAUCAGAUUUUGUUGUACAUCAGAGGAUACACAAGCACGAAAAGCCGUUCCCAUGUUCUGUGUGUGGGAAAUGCUUUACACGGAAAACAUCUCUUGUUAGACAUCAGAGAAUUCACAUGGGCGACAAGCCAUUUUCAUGUUCUGUGUGCGGGAAAUGUUUUACAGAGAAAACAGAGCUUGUUAUGCAUCAGAGAACUCACACAGGCGAGAAGCCGUUUUCAUGUUCUGUGUGUGGGAAAUGUUUUACACAGAAAUCAAACCUUGUUACACAUCAGAGAAGUCACACAGGUAAGAAGCCAUUUUCAUGCUCUGAGUGUGAGAAAUCUUUUGCAGCUCAAUCAGAUUUUGUUGUACAUCAGAGGAUACACAAGCACGAAAAGCCGUUCCCAUGUUCUGUGUGUGGAAAAUACUUUACACGGAAAACAUCUCUUUUAAGACAUCAGAGAAUUCACAUGGGCGAAAAGCCAUUUUCAUGUUCUGUGUGCGGGAAAUGUUUUACAAAGAAAACAGAGCUUGUUAUGCAUCAGAGAGCUCAUACAGGUGAGAAGCAGUUUCCAUGUUCUGAGGGGUGUAUUUACUAAAGUGUGGGCUUUUAAAUAUGAAGAUGUUGCCCAUGGCAACCAAUCCGAUUCUAGCUAUUAUCUUCUAGAAGGUGCUAGAUAAAUGAGUAGAAUCUGGCUGCUAUCGGCAACAUCUCUUCUAAAAUCCUGCACUUUAGUAAAUAUACAUACAAAUUACAACUGUUUAGCCAUCAGAGAGAUCACACAGGGAGAAUACAAUUUCAAUGAGCCGAUACACAUGAAACAAACGCAUCAAUACUAACUAUUGUAAAAGCUGUGUAUAUUAUAAAUGUAAAUAAUAAAAGGAGGAGUUGGGGAAAUCACAGAGCAUAUACUCCAUAUACUACAUUAUUCACAUACGGCUGAUAGGGACGGAGGUGUAGAUGUGGCGAAAGUCCGAUAAGACCUCACUCAAAAAUGACAAACUUGUCAGGAUGACAGCCAAUGGCCACUUCUGAUUGGCUGAAUGUGUACAUUAAAAAACUGUUGUAAUUGUGUCUUUUAUCUUGUUUAACAAGCUCAAUGCAAAUUAAAUCUCUAUUAAUGACACUGUUGGACGCCGUACUGUAAUGUGUAUGGAUUGUAUACUGAUUUUUGAGCCAUCACUGUGAAGCCGCACCUCAAAACAUAACCCGGGCGCCUUAGUUCUGGUCUGCAAGAGUAAGGAGGCCCAGAAACAUGCACUUUAUGGGGAGCGUUUGGGAGUAAGACGCGAGUUCUGUCACAUCAACAUGAGCCCCAUACUGUUGGAUUUUGGACAGAAUUACAUUGGUUUGUCCUACUCGGACCACAGAUGGUACGAUCCAAUUGACUGAGGUACUAAUUAAGCCACUUAUGCCUACUCAUGGAUAUCCUUAAAACCUGAACUGUUGGGAUGCCCUAAGGGCCACGUUUCGGAACCACCGGUGUAAGAUUACUUUAAUGUUUUGCUAUGAAAAUAAAGAUAUGUGGGCACUUUA